AUGUCUACAGUCAUAGAUGAAGUAGUAUCCAGGCUCAUCAGACUUCUCAUUCUUAACGAUAUAGCCAUUGAGAGACCAGUUGUCGAUGGCGCUAUCGUGUUCGGUGUUGUGCUUCGUACGCCGAGAUGUCCGGCGACCUUAGGAUUCAUCUUCUUUCUGGAAGGGCGCUUCUCCUGUGCUGCGGUUUGGUUGUCCAGCAAGCUCGCCGACUUACCCUUAGGACUGCUCACGGCCGCCCAAGGCCAUCCAAUGCUCGUGGAACUUAAGAACGGCGAAACACUGAACGGACAUCUUGCCAAUUGCGAUAACUGGAUGAACUUAAUACUCAAAGAGGUUGUUCAGACUAGUCCAGAGGGUGAUCGGUUCUUUAGGCUGCCGGAAGUCUAUAUCAGAGGAAACAACAUCAAAUAUCUACGGAUCCCUGAAGAGAUUAUAGAGAUGGUCAAGGAACAACAGCAGAACCAGCCUUCGAACCGCAAUCGUGGUGGACACUCUCACCGGGGCGACAGAGGUGAUCGGGGUGGUCGUGGUGGACGUGGUCGUGGCCGCGGCCGCGGCCGAGGUGGCAGCUAA